AUGAGGACCAUCUGGGGGACAGCUGAGCACCUCAUCAGGACAGGGUGGAGAUUCUGGCACUUGGGGCUCUGCAAGGCUCUUGUACCACUGCAGGCGGCCUGGGCUGCCUUCUGUCAGCCUGUCCCAGCCAGCUGUGGCCAGCUGUUAAUCCAGCUCCUCCUGUGUGGUUCUCUAGCUGUUGCUGCUGCAGGUCUGAUCCACCACUGGCUGGUGUCCUCGCUGCUUUAUCCUCUGGAGCCUUCGGCCAUAAUGGCCACUCUCUGUGGCCUCUUGGUCUUCCUGGGCCUGGGCCUGGUGCCUCCGGUUCGCUGCCUGUUUGCACUCAGUGUGCCCACCCUGGGCACAGGACAGGGCCGGCGCCUGCUCCUGUCCUGGAGUACUGCCACCUUGGCUGUCACCGUGGUGCCCAACGUCUUGGCUAACGUGGGUGCAGCUGGACAGGUGCUGAGGUGUGUCACCGAGGGCUCCCUGGAGAGUCUUCUCAACACCACUCACCAGCUACACACAGCAUCCAGGGCUCUGAGUCCCACUGACCGAGGCCUGACACUCCAGGUCCAGGGUAAUGGCUCUGUCUUCCGGCUUCACAUGCUCAAGGUCACUCAGCAGGUCCUGGAGGACUUUUCUGGCCUGGAGUCCCUGGCCCAGGCAGCAGCACUGGGGAUCCAGCGGGUGGUUACAGGGCUCUUUAUGCUGGGCCUCCUGGUAAACUCAGCCUGGUAUCUCCAUUGCUACCUGACCGACCUGCAGUUUGAUAACAUCUAUGCUACAAGGCAGUUGGCUCAGCAGCUGGAAGAGGCCCGGGCCACACACCUGCUGGCCUCCCCACCAGCCUGGCUGCUGAGGGCGGCUUGGCCAAGGUUGUCCCAGGGGGAGCUGCUGAGCUGUCUGCUAAGGCUAGGGCUGCUCACCCUGCUCCUGAUGGCCACAGCUGUGACAGUGGCCACAGACCACGUGGCCUUCCUCCUGGCCCAGGCAGCCGUGGACUGGGCUCAGAAGCUGCCUGCUGUGCCCGUUACGCUCAUGGUCAAGUAUGAUGCUGCGUACAGCGUCCUGGACUUCCUUCCCUUCCUCUUCAACCAGCCGCCCCUGGAGAGACCCUUCCACUCGGCCCGCAAGUCCCUGCAGUGGGAGCUGCGCUUCACGCCCCCCGGCUGCCCGCUGCUGCCCGUGCUCCUGGAGACCUACGCCCGCCGCCUGCGGCACGCCAUCGCCGCCUCCUUCUUCAGGGCCCGGGAGGCACGGCGGGCCCGCCACCUUCACGCGCGGCUCCAGCGGAGACACAACAGGAAUCUCCUAACAGAGAGCCCCGGAGAUGCGGGGAAAGGCCUUCGGAGUCGCACAGGCCUAAGUUGUAACCUUGGCCCUCUGCUGCCUCCCUGUGUGACCUUGGGCCGGUUGCUGCACCUCUCUGAGCCUCAGUCUCUACAGCCGCAUGACAGUGAUGGGAGCUACUUUCCACAAGGGAAGGUGGUGAGGACAGAAUGAAAUACUGGGCAUGGAAGGCCUCCAUAA